AUGAAUUAGUCCCACAAGAUGGUGCUGUUUUCCCAAUGCCAGUGUUUGAUGAAUGACCUGAUAGUAUGUGCAGCACAUACACUGGCAGAAGUCUAAAGAUAGACGUAACACAAAUUUGAUCUUGGAACAAUCAAAACAAGGUGAAGGUUAUUCCUUAACAACGUAGAUAAAUCAAAGUGAGCUAAUGGUUUUUGUAGGUAACAGCGGGUACUGUAAUAUCAACACUAAACAUUGUGUCGUACUCUGUGAAGGUUGUUUAUUCAUGCUAUCCUUAUCCUCAAAUAAGAAAUAGAGAUACAGACUUAUAUUUUUUGAUUAUGGUAUUUAAUAAUGGAGUACUGUACAUCAAUAAGCUACAAGUACAUUUCAGUUUUUCCUCUCCUUCGUCUCAACCCUCUAUUGUUUCAGGGCAGCACCUUUGUAGUGACACCCAUUCUCUGUCAAUUAAACGCCCAACCAGGAAUACUGGUUUUACAAUGAGAGUACACCACAUAGCUAACAUUCUGUCACACACAGCCUCAGUCACGCAGUUUCACUGAAGCUGUUAACUUCGGGAACACAUUUUCUCUGUGGAUCCAUCGACCAGCUCUCUUUUUGUUAAAUCUUUUCUUCAGCUGUUGAUCUCAACACAUUUUAUUAAGAGGUUAACAUAUUGCUGCUGAGCUAAAUCACCUGUGGAUUUUAAUUUUGUUCUUACAUUCUUCUGGACAUAUUUUUCUUUUAAAAAUGUCCCACCCUAGCACCCUGGAUUUAGACAGGUACAGCAGCUUGGAGAAAUCUCGUCGCUCUACCAGUCGUAACCAGUCCAGGUCCGAGGCCAGGUCCGAGGCCAAGUACGGGGACGUCCUGUGCGACUUCUGCACAACAAGGAAGCAGAAGGCUGAGAAGUCCUGCUUGGUGUGCCUGGCAUCUUACUGCGAGACCCACGUCCAGACUCACUAUGACUACCCUGCCCUGAUGAAGCACAAGCUGGUCAACGCCACGGGUCAGAUGAGGGAGAAGCUCUGUGCACAGCAUGACAAGUUGCUGGAGGCUUUUUGUCGCACCGAUGAGACAUCGGUGUGCGUCUUGUGCAUGAUGGAUGAACACAAACACCACGACAUCGUGCCGGCUGGAACUGAGAGGACUGAGAAACAAAAACAACUUGGUACAACUCUGCACAAAUCUCAAACUAGGAUUGAUCAGAGAGUGAAGAAGUGGCAGGAUCUCCGACAAGCUGUUGAAUCAGUUAAACACUCAGCUCAAACUGCCAUGGAGGAGAACGAGCGUAUCUUCACUGAGCUCCUGCUCUCCAUUGAGAGGAAGUACAACGAAGUCAAGGAGAUGGUCCGCGCCCAGGAAAAGACCACUGUGACGCGGGCUGAGAUACUGCUGGACCGCUUGGAGGAAGAGAUCACACUGCUGAGGAAGAAACACACUGACCUGGACAAGCUCUCACACACCGAUGAUCACAUACACUUUCUACAGAGCUGGCAGUCUCUGUCAGGCCCCUCAGGAUAUGAAGACCUCAACAACAUCAGUGUCGCUCCCAAUUACUCCUUUGAGUCCACCAAAAGAGCCAUCGCCUCACUGAAAUUACAAGUAGAAGAAGUCAGCAAGACGGAAAUGAGCAAAAUCUCAACAGCAGUGAAGGAUGUCUACAUCACACAAGAAGGUGAGGCAAAGACAAGGAGAGAAACAAGCUUCAGGGACGAACCAAAGACAAGAGAAGAGCCAAAGACAAGAGAAGAGCCAAGGACAAGAGAAGAUCCAAAGACGAGAGAAGAUUUCCUGAAAUACUCCUCCCAGUUGAUUCUGGAUGUCAACACCAUCCAUCGCAGCCUUCACCUCUCCGAGGGUAACCGAACAGCCACAAUGAAGAGUGAGCCCAAGAACUACCCUGACCACCCAGAGCGAUUCGACCACUGGCAGCAGAUGUUGUGCAUGGAUAGCGUGACUGGUCGUUGUUACUGGGAGGUGGACUGGAGGGGAACAGAGGUAGACAUGGCCGUCACCUACAGGGGAAUCCGCCGCAAAGGAAACAGCAAUGAUUGCAGCCUGGGCUGGAACGACAAGUCCUGGAGUCUGUACUGCUCUGAAUCCAAAUUGUCCUUUGUGCACAACAAUAAGAGCAAAGAUAUUGCAGCUCCAGUGUCAUCUCGUAUCGGCAUCUAUCUGGAUUAUGCAGCAGGAACACUUGCAUUUUACAGUGUUUCUAAUGGCAUGCAGCUUCUGCACAGAGUCCAGACCACAUUUACACAGCCCCUCUACCCUGCAUUCAGUGUGUGGGGAUUUGGCACUACUAUAAGACUAUAGGAGAGUUGCCAUAGUGCUCAAAUUUACACAGUAUUCUAAAUAUUGUUGUAAAAAAUUUGAAGCAGGAUGUUUGAUUAUUUUUGUUCCAACUUUUGCUAAAAAUCUUUUUUUUUAAUCAUGCAUAUAUGAGUGAUUUAAAUGAUCCAAUUAAUCUUCUUUUGAUCACUGAUUGUUGUUUUGGGGCAAUCUAGUCUACAAAAUGUGUCAGUUGUAAGUAGGAAAAAUAUGCAGUAAUUGAUAAUGUUAUUUUCACAAUGUUCCAUAUCUUUGUCUCAAUCAUGUUAAAGCAUGCUAUAUUUAUAUUAUUGGUACGUUAUAAAUUCAAUUAAAUCAGUUUCUAAAACCUAAAACCUCUAAAAGUUUUUACUGAUUUAUCUGGCACUUUAGAUAUGGAGCUGGAGUUGCUGUUGUUUUUCACACUCAUGUCAGUCUCUUAGCCAUCUUGGCUCCAUUAAACCUGCAGUAGGCUGAAUGUUUUUGGCAUCAUUGGGCAAAAACUCCAUAAUAACAUUUCAGCAUAUUGUAA